CUAUGUAUAACAAAUAUUGAUAGUUGAAAGAGUUAUAAAUGGAUUUUUUCCCUAUUUAGGAGCAACUCCUUAUCCUACCAUGGUCUCAGCGAGAGAUUUACUAAAAGAAAUUGACCAAGGUUACAGAAUGGAGAAACCAAAACACUGUACUCCAGAACUAUACAAGCUUAUGACGUGGUGUUGGGAACAAGACCCUGGAUGUCGUCCAACAUUUGAGGAGUUGGUUGCCCACCUGGAGAAAUUACUGAGAGAAGAGGUGACCACCCACGUCGAUCUGAACCAGUUCUCAGAGAGCGCCUAUGGCAACGUUGAAAAUAAGAUAAAAGGAGAGAAACUGUGAAGUGGAUUUAUUUGUUGUUGUUUUUUUUAAAGAAUCGAGAU